UUGGUACAGAAGUUUUCUAAAUGUCCUGCUGUGAUUGAAGCUGAGAAAGGCGGCAAACUUCAGAUGUUUGAUGGUUGCGUCAGCGGUGAAUACGCAGAAUUGGUCCCAAGCCAAAGAAUUGUCCUGAAGUGGCGGUGUAGGAACUGGCCCGACGAACAUUAUGCAACGGUUGCCUUGAAUUUCAUGGAUAUGGCUGCUCAGACGGAACUGCAGUUAGAGUGCAAAGGAGUUCCUGUCUCUCAUGAAGACAGUACAAGACAAUGUUGGAAGAAGCAGUAUUUUGAAGAAAUACAUGUUUUACUGCAGCAAUCCAAAGACAAUAUGGAAUGAUGACAGCACUGUAGUUUUGUUAGGGCAUUACUUUUUAUACUUGGUUAAAUUUGUUUUUUUUAAAAAAAGUAAUUUAUUUGUGGGAAGAAUAAAGACCCACUUCUAUGAUACUGUA